GAGCGCGCACUACCAGCACGGCGCGCAUGCACAGCUGUCAGCACCAAGGACAGCAGCCGCUCAGCCCGGAGCGAUCAGCCAGCGACGUAUCAGUGUGAUCAGUCCGCACAGAGCGCAGGGAUCAGCAGCCGGAGGAAGCGAUACACACCCCGGAGAGGAAGCCGCCUGGAAGCGGGGACUAUGCUUCAACUCUUCUUUCAAGACCACGGGGAGGUGUGAGCAAUUCUGCAGAGGAGAGCAAGAAAAAAAAAAGGUGGACAAUGCGGUUUAGACAUUUCUGGUUCACAGCCUGCCCCUAAUAUGAUAAUGCACAUUCCUCCGCAUUGCACAUAAACCCACCUAUUUUUUUUCCAGCCUUCCUCUUCCCUCUUUUGGCCGCACUCCCUCGCUCAUAACGCCCACCUGGAUCUGGUCUCUGCAGUCGUGCAUUCAGCUGGCUGAGCCGUGCUGCUGUCCAGAAGCUGGUCGAGCCGACCCGCCACCGGGGAGAAAAGCUACCGGGCUGCGCUGUGCUGUUUGUUGGUCCACACGAUGCGUCUGUUUCUGCUGGCGGUGCUCUUCUCGUGCUCCUGCGCGCGGGCCGGCUGCGAGCCGAAGAUCGUGAACAUCGGGGCCGUCCUGAGCCAGAAGAGAUACGAGCAGGUCUUCAAAGAUGCCGUGACCCAGGCCAACCAGGUCUACGGCAGGGACAAAUUCAAGCUGACCGCCAUCUCCGUAACGCAUAAGCCCAACGCCAUCCAGAUGGCUCUCUCCGUCUGCGAGGACCUCAUCUCCAGUCAGGUCUAUGCUAUCCUGGUGAGUCACCCUCCUCAGUCCAAUGACCACCUCACUCCAACGCCUGUCUCCUACACUGCAGGCUUCUACCGCAUCCCUGUGGUGGGGCUCACCACCCGCAUGUCCAUCUACUCAGACAAGAGUAUCCACCUGUCCUUUCUGCGGACAGUUCCUCCCUACUCCCACCAGGCGCAUGUGUGGUUCGACCUGAUGCGCGAGUUCAACUGGAACCACAUCAUCCUGAUAGUGAGCGACGACCACGAGGGGCGGGCUGCUCAAAAGAGGCUCGAGACCCUCUUGGAGGAGAGAGAAACAAAGAAUAAAAAAAGGAACUAUGAAAACCUCGACCAACUGUCCUAUGACAACAAGCGAGGACCUAAGGCAGAGAAAGUCCUCCAGUUCAGCCAGGAGACUAACUUAACUGCCCUGCUGCUGGAGGCGAAAGAGCUGGAGGCCAGAGUCAUCAUUCUGUCGGCCAGUGAGGAAGACGCUGCUGCAGUGUACAAGGCUGCCCGCUUCCUCAACAUGACGGGCUCGGGCUACGUGUGGCUGGUGGGCGAACGGGAGAUGUCGGGUAAAGCCCUGAGCGAGGCGCCAGACGGUCUGAUCGGCCUCCAGCUCAUCAACGGGAAGAAUGAGUCAGCCCAUAUCAAUGAUGCGGUGGCUGUGGUGGCUCAGUCCAUCCAGGAGCUCUUUGAGAAGGAAAAUAUCACAGAACCCCCGAGAGGAUGUGUGGGCAACACCAACAUUUGGAAAACAGGGCCCCUUUUUAAGCGGGUGCUGAUGUCAUCGAAAUACCCAGAGGGCCUCACAGGGCGCGUGGAGUUCAAUGACGACGGCGACAGGAAGUACGCUCACUACAGUAUACUCAACUACCAGAAGACUCGACUCAUUCAAGUUGGCAUUUACAAUGGAACACAGGUGGUAAUGAACAAUCAGCGGAAGAUCAUCUGGCCCGGAGGAGAGACUGAGAAACCGCAGGGCUUCCAGAUGUCGACUCGAUUAAAGAUAGUGACGAUACACCAGGAGCCAUUUGUGUAUGUGAAACCCACUAUGCCGGAUGGAACAUGCAAGGAGGAAAUGACAUUAAAUGGAGUCUUAAUUAAAAAGGUUAUCUGCACUGGGCCCAAUGAGACCAUCCCAGGUAACACAUCAGGUCGCCCAAUUGUUCCCCAGUGUUGUUAUGGAUUCUGUAUUGAUCUCCUGAUCAAGUUGGCUAUGACCAUGAACUUUACCUAUGAGGUGCACCUGGUGGCUGACGGGAAAUUCGGAACUCAGGAGCGGGUGAACAACAGUAACAAGAAAGAGUGGAAUGGCAUGAUGGGAGAGCUCCUGGGGGGCCUGGCUGACAUGAUUGUAGCCCCGCUGACUAUAAACAACGAGCGAGCCCAGUAUAUCGAGUUCUCCAAACCCUUUAAAUAUCAAGGCCUCACCAUCCUCGUGAAAAAGGAAAUUCCUCGCAGUACACUGGACUCGUUCAUGCAGCCGUUCCAAAGCACACUGUGGCUGCUGGUGGGUCUAUCGGUGCAUGUGGUGGCGGUGAUGCUUUACCUACUAGACCGGUUCAGCCCGUUUGGAAGAUUUAAAGUAAACAGUGAAGAGGAAGAAGAAGAUGCCCUCACCUUAUCAUCUGCCAUGUGGUUCUCCUGGGGAGUGUUGCUGAACUCUGGAAUAGGAGAAGGUGCGCCGCGCAGCUUCUCAGCGAGAAUCCUGGGUAUGGUGUGGGCCGGUUUUGCUAUGAUCAUUGUGGCUUCUUACACUGCCAACCUGGCUGCCUUCCUGGUGUUGGACCGGCCUGAGGAGCGCAUCACCGGCAUCAAUGACCCAAGGCUGAGAAACCCAUCAGACAAGUUCAUCUACGCCACGGUGAAGCAGAGCUCCGUGGACAUCUACUUUCGGCGGCAGGUGGAGCUUAGCACCAUGUACCGCCACAUGGAGAAGCACAACUAUGAGAGUGCCGCCGAGGCCAUCCAGGCCGUGCGUGACAACAAGCUGCAUGCUUUCAUCUGGGACUCUGCGGUGCUGGAGUUUGAAGCCUCGCAGAAGUGCGACCUGGUGACCACGGGAGAGCUGUUUUUCCGUUCGGGCUUUGGCAUAGGCAUGCGCAAGGACAGCCCCUGGAAACAGAAUGUGUCCCUGGCCAUUCUCAGUUCUCAUGAGAACGGCUUCAUGGAAGACCUAGAUAAAACCUGGGUGAGAUACCAGGAGUGUGACUCAAGGAGCAAUGCCCCAGCCACACUCACCUUUGAAAACAUGGCAGGGGUCUUCAUGCUGGUGGCUGGAGGCAUAGCAGCAGGGAUCUUCCUCAUCUUCAUCGAAAUCGCCUAUAAGCGCCAUAAAGACGCCCGCAGGAAGCAGAUGCAGCUGGCCUUUGCGGCCGUCAAUGUUUGGAGGAAGAACCUGCAGCCCUCUUCCUCUCUAGAGACUCAGGAUGAUAGGAAAAGUGGUAGAGCAGAGCCCGACCCCAAAAAGAAAGCCUCUUUUAGGUCCAUCAGUACCACCCUGGCCUCCAGCAUCAAGAGACGUAGGUCCUCCAAAGACACGCAGUACCCACCCACUGACAUCACGGGCCAACUCAACUUGUCUGACCCGUCUGUCAGCACUGUGGUGUAGAGAGGAGAGGGAGACGCUGGUGCUUGCUCCCAGAGGAGAGAGGAAACGAGACGAGGAAGGAGGAGAGGAAGCGGAGGGUUCCCUUCGCCCGUCGAAGCUGAAGCUUUUCUUUUCACCGCCUGCCGACGGAGCUUUUUGAGGAAACCGCUUGCUGAGGAAGUGGCUGAAAACACUGAACCUGCACCUUUUUAUUGAAGUCAGGAUUAAUCUGGCGUUAGAUGUUUGUAGGGUCCCCUGAGCAUGCACAGAAGAGCCCAUCUGACUCAUCUACAUCUACAAUCUUUUCCUUCUGUAUAUUAUCAGCUAACUUAUUUAACCUUGUUUUCGUCCUUUUGCUCACACGGAUUUACUUAAUGUUUGAUGUUUUCCAAUUUCCUGAUUAGCUGUAUAGCAUUUAGCAAGCCAGGUUUAGUUUGGUUUAUGGAUAAUCCAGUUCUGGUGCGAGUACUGUACUCUACAUAUCACUUCCAGUUAGGGCCUAGCUACCAUAGUAAUAGUAUUUCUUAACAACAUAUACAGCAAUACAAGACGUACUGUAAGCUUCAAUGGAUAUCAGUAUUUUCUAAUAGGAACUACCUGUGUUUUUAUCUACACUUUAAGGUUUUUAGAUGACGUUUCUUUGAUUGGGAAACACUAAUAAUUAACAAUGACUUAUCUUGUCUACCACCGAAGAUGAUGAAGACGAAGCAUGUGUGUCCUUGUAUAUGAAAAAGAGCUUUACGUAUUUGAACGAAGAUACUGAUCAUUGUUAUUCUGGCUAUAUACCAGAUUCUGUAGUUGUUUAAAUUGUAUCUUUCCCCCCUUUAAUCUUGCACUAAUCUCCCAAAAUGCAUGUGUUCUUAUUUCUAGUAAGAACUCAGUUUCUUAAAGAGAAUCUGUUAAGCUUUACUACUGUUUAUAGCAAGAGUUGAGCAGGUUAAUAUAUGACAUUUUAGAUUAAUUUGCAAUCUGAUGAAACAGUGAAGUAAGGCUGGUGUUUCUACGUCCAAAUAUGUUUGACACACUCAGCCGCAAGCCAUGUUGCGUUUGGGGACGCCCGCUUUCUUCCUCUCUCCUGCCGCAGCAGUCUUUCUCAUUUCCAGUCUCGACGGGGUUGCAUCAAAGGGCCAGGUUUUUCACCCAACCAGCACUCGGUCGUUCAUGCAAAACCUCCUGGAGAACUUUUGCACGAAGGCACCAGAGUGAAUUGAAAGCUUUUUGUUCGGCUUGCGAGUUUCUGUGCAGGUCUUGGUUAGAUGCAAAAACAGGCCGUUUCCCAAUUUCUGGAGCUGAGAAACCACAGCUGUUUGUUGAAAAGACUAUCACGUCCUUUCUGGUGUCUGGCACUGCAUAGCACUUUAUGCUGAGGGGUCUCCCAAACUGUAUAGAAAAAAAAAAACAACAUACAGAUUUGCCAAGAAACUAGAACAGAACCACAAGUCAAACAUAUUAACCUCUCCAAUAUACUGUAUUAUGUUUUAAUUCCACAAAUCUCUUUUUACUUAAUUAGAAAAUUUACAAAGUCUUUAUAAGAGAAAUAAUGACACUUUUAAACAACCACACAAAGUGCUAAAACACAAUUUGGUUUCAUAGCUUUGCUUCUAAUCAUUUUCUCAUUCUGGCCUAUGCAUGCGUAUGUGUUAUUACCAGUGCUUCAGUUUGUUUUUGGAUGCGUGUUGUUGCAGUGUACAGUUAGCUGAGCUGUGUGUGGAGCACUUAAGUUGAAUGAAAUGUAAAUAGCCCAGUUCAGUGUCGAUGGGGUUGAGGAGAUUGUACUGUGCUUGUAUUUUGACUGAAGCUGAGAAUGUCUUACAUUAGAGUUACACACAGCGGUUAUAUUAUAGUUGCACACAAGGGAGGAAUGGCCUGUUUUUCUUACCUUUUCCAGUAAAGACCUUGCAUUGAAUCAUCUUGUUUAUACAACUGUAAAUAAAAUAUA